UGUGUAGUGAAGACUACUAGCAAAAGUCACAUUCCUAACUAGGCAGGAUUGAAGAAAGACGUGCAGAUGUCUACCGCUGGGAAAACAAUCAGAUGUAAGGCUGCGGUAUGCUGGGGACCUAAACAGCCGCUCACCAUUGAAGAGAUUGAGGUUGCUCCACCGAAGCAUCAUGAAGUUCGCAUUAAGAUUGUGGCCACUGGAAUUUGCCGAUCAGAUGAACAUGUUAUAAGUGGGGCACUGGGUAACAUGAAAUUCCCGGUAAUAUUAGGCCAUGAAGCUGCAGGGAUUGUGGAAAGUGUAGGAGAAGGCGUAACUGACCUUAAACCAGGAGAUAAAGUCAUCCCACUGUUUAUUCCUCAAUGUGGAAAAUGCAGAUGUUGCCUGAAUCCGGACAGUAAUUUAUGCUACAAACAUGAUAUUGAAGGCAAAGGGUUGUUAUUGGACAACACCAGCAGAUUUACCUGCAAGGGGAAAGUUGUUCACCACUUCAUCAACACCAGCACUUUCACUGAGUACACUGUGGUGGAUGACAUUGCUGUGGCUAAGAUACAUAAGGAUGCACCACUGGAAAAAGUCUGCUUGAUUGGAUGUGCCUUUUCUACAGGAUAUGGCUCUGCUGUGAACAUUGGUAAAGUGAAGCCUGGUUCUACAUGUGCAGUAUUUGGUUUAGGGGGAGUCGGGUUGUCUGUGGUUAUUGGAUGUAAAGUAGCAGGUGCUGCCCGAAUCAUUGGAGUUGAUUUAAACAGUGAUAAAUUUGCAAAAGCAAAAGAGUGCGGAGCCACUGAAUGUAUUAACCCAAAAGACUACAAACUUCCCAUCCAUGAAGUCCUGGCACAGAUGACCAAUGAUGGAGUUGACUAUGCAUUUGAGGUCAUUGGAAACACUACAGUGAUGACAUCUGCUCUUUCAUCUUCUCACUUUGGCUUUGGAAAAACAAUAAUGGUUGGAGUAGCUCCAUCAAAUGCUACUAUGUCUUUUGAUCCAUUACUGAUGCUCACUGGACGAACCAUGGCAGGAGCUGUGUUUGGAGGUUGGAAGAGCAAAGAUGAUGUACCAAAACUGGUGGAUGACUAUUUAAACAAGAAAUUUGAAUUUAAGGAGCUCAUAACACAUAACUUGCCAUUUGACCAAAUCAACGAAGGAUUUGAACUUCUGCGUAAGGGAGAAAGUAUCCGUGCUGUGCUGACUUUUUGAAGCCCUUGGUUCUGAUGACGAACUCUUCUUGAUGUCUUAAAUAUAUUAUUCAUUGAUCAAUACAUUAUAGUUUUACUAAUUUCUAAUAAUGAGGGGUCUAUGUAAAUUUUGGCUUAAAUGUAUCCUACACAAUUCAGAAGCACACUUUCAAUGACUUAGGUUCUUUCAGCGGUUUAGCUGAUUUUUUUUGUCUGCUUAAGGUGCAUACACACUAGCCUAUAUACCAGCUGUUCUAUUGUUGACCACUGUGUACGAGUGAAUGCCAUAGUUCACAGACAUAUCGCGUGGGUCCUGCAGGACAGUUGACGUCCCAUAUAUCUAACGAUAUAUUGGUGCAUCAUGCUGUGUGCAGUACGCUUGCUGCAGACACUGGCAGUGAUUGAAGGCAAUACUGGACGGGCACAUGUAAAUGCCUUCCCUGUUCAUGACGUCAGUCCCGACGGAUUGGGCAGUGUGUAUGCACAACACACUGCCCAGUCCAUCUAUAGAUAUAUCUGCAGAUCAAUUGAUCUGCAGAUAUAUUUACAAGUGUGUACCCAGCAUAACUUACACUUCUUCAUUUAAUUGAGCAGGCAAACAGCCACACGUGUUCACAAAUCACAAAAAGAUGUUUUACAGAAGCUGAGGAGAGAAAAGAUGUAAUAUACUGUAGUACAUGCUGUACACUACCUCUUGUCCUCAGCUUCUGUAAAGCAGCCAUGUGUACUACUACAGUAAUGUAUAUCAAUCACUACAAAAAAAUACUUGAAUAGAAUGAUACAUAACAUUAAAAAAUAUAUAUUUAACUAAACUGCUUUCAAGAAAUGAGUAUAAAAUAUUUGCAAUGGCUUAGUAAACAAGCUUUAUUAUUGAGACAUGACGUCUAGUGAUCAUCUGUAUUUGUAAGUAAAUGCCAUCUUUUCUUAUUGUAUGGAGGCACUCUGCCAUUGGCGGGAUGGAGAGCUAAAUUUGUAUAAUCUGUUAGUGAUUAAUUUAUAGACUGAUAAGGUAUUCCACCUGGACACAUAAACCUAAUAAUGAAUUACUGUUGCUCAAUUCCUUCACAGCUUUUUCAAUGAAUAAAAAUGUUUUACUGUUUUAUUGUGAUUAUUGUUACUAAAACAGUGGGGGUAAUUCCAAGUUGAUCGCAGCAGGAAUUCUGUUAGCAAUUGGGCAAAACCAUGUGCACUGUAGGGGAGGCAGAUAUAACAUGUGCAGAGAGAGAUAGAUUUGGGUGUGGUGAGUUCAAUCUGCAAUCUAAUUUGCAGUGUGAAAAUAAAGCAGCCAGUAUUUACCCUGCACAGAAACAAAAUAACCCACCCAAAUCCAACUCUCUCUGCACAUGUUAUAUCUGCCUCCCCUGCAGUGCACAUGGUUUUGCCCAACUGCUAAAAAAUUUCCUGCUGCGAUCAACUUGGAAUUACCCCCAGUAUGCGUUUGUUAGGUCAAUCACUAUUGGUCAACAUGGUUCAAAGGUCGACAUGACAAAGGUUGAGACAAGAAUAGGUCGAAAUGAGUUUUUGACUUUUUGGAAAUUUUCAGUCCUUACCAUUCACGUGGACUACAAUUGGGAAUAUUAACCUAGUAAAGAUUGAAGCGAGUCAUGCGAAGGGACACUGUGCACUAAUUGUGGUUCCCGCUGAAUAUACAGAGUAAUCAACACCAAAAAAAUUAAAACAAACCCUCAUGCCGUCCUUUUUCUAUGUCAAACCUUUUCAUGUCGACCUUCAGUCCAUGUUCACCUUUAUACCUGUUUCGAUCUAGUGCAUGUUGACCUUGUGACUGUCGACAUAAUGAUCCACACGCUACGUAGACAUGUAAACCAUGGAUCUUCAACCUGCGGCCCUCCAGCUGCUGUGGAACGCCCUGACAGUUUUGUUAUUAAGGCAUACUAAACCUGAGGCAGGGCAUGCUGGGAUGUAUAAUUCCACAGCAGCUGGAGGGCCACAGGUUGAAGACCCGUGAUGUAUUCAUAUUAUGCUUUAGUUAUGCAAAGGUACAAAAAAAUAAUUGUUAUAUAUAGAGCUGUAGGAAAUGAUUUAAGGUUCAUACAAUUAUCUAAAACUAAUUAGGAUAAUACUGUAUAAAUGACUAAAAAGAUAACAUUUUGAUUUAUUUUCAAUUUGCAAUACACAGAGUCCUAUGUUUCAUUUCAAUAAAACAAUUUUCAAAGAAGAA